AUGCUGUUCCCGAGACUCCUUGGUGAAUAUGAUCAGAAUAAUCAACUCGUGCACUACAGUGUUUAUACUGGGAAAGUCGUUCCCGGCGAGUUGGCGACUGACAGUGGCUUUUGGGAUGCUUACAGGACGGUUUACCUCUGGUUAAGUGUUGCCGCUCCGGACAUUCUAGAUCGCCUUCUAGAAGGGUGGGUGAAUGCCUAUAAGGAAGCUGGAUGGUUACCAACGUGGGCGUCACCUGGCCAGAGGGGCUCUAUGGUUGGCACUAUGGGGGAUGUGGUUUUUGGUUGGGCGAUAAUUGCCAACAAGACGCCGCAUUUGGCUGAUGAUAUGUACGCGGCCAUCCGGAAAGACGCUUUUGUGGAACGUCCUAAGAACUCGCAGUUUGGAAGAGAAGGACUUGGCGCGUACUCCGACCGAGGAUACAUUCCGGUUAAAUCAAGUGUGUCCGAAGUCGUAUCGAGAGGCCUCAAUUUCGCCGAGGCCGACUCUGUGAUUGCAGCAGCAGCGUCCAAACUAGGACACUGUUCUGAUGCUAGCGUUCUCUAUAGCAGAGCUCAGAAGGCCCUGGAGAUGUCCUUUAACACUGAGAGCAAAUUGUUCGAGCCGCUCGAAGCUAGCGGGAACUGGAUUUCUCCGUUCGACCCGUCAUCGUGGUCAGCUGAGUUCUUUACUGAGGCUUCAGCGCGCCAGUAUCGCUUCUAUGCGCCUUUCAAUGUGGAUUUCCUCAUCACGAAGUAUGGUGGCCGAGAAGCACUCUGUGAGCACUUGGAGAAUCACUUCAGUGAACAGGUGUGCCCAGUUUACACAAGCGAUUAUCGGGGUAUAAUUCACGAAGAAACCGAGUUGGGACUUACGAGCGAAGAUUUUGGUCAAUAUGGUCACAAUAACCAGCCGUCUCAUCACGUCUUGGGUAUCGCUGUCGCCGCUCAGUGUUUCCACGUCGCUGAUAAGUACAUGGAAAAA